AUGGCUUCUGCUUCUAGUACUAGUGCUCGUAGUUUAUUUGUGGAGUCUAAGAUCAGACUUGCUGAUAGAGUACAGGUGAACAUUAACAAUAUUGCAUCUUUGACAAGACAAAUUCAGAGAGGUUCAAAGAGUAAUGAAAUUCUGAUGCAGGCAGCUAGAACUUUUGCCCAGCAAGAACAAGGUUUAGAAAGCACAGAAGCCAAUUUGAAAAAGCUGUCGUUGAUCACUACUCAUUUAGAAUUUCAAUUAAAUGCUAUCGACCAAAGUGCAUCGAAGUUAGAGGAAGUUACAGAACAAGUUCGAGCAAUGCAACGAUAA